AUGUCCAGCGUACCAAGCACAAGGGCCUACGAGUCGGUAGUACCAGGUAUUCGGGUGCCACGAAAAGGCAUGAAGGCCGGAGUGGGUACAUACCGAUCUGAAGGCAACAGCACGCCACUGAAAUCCCUGGUGGAGAUCAAUGUCAUCAAGGUAAUUGGGAUCAGCUUAUCCUACAAUGCGCCUUCAGGGAAAUCUGUCAUCUUGUAA